AUGUCGGUCUCUGUAGAGCGCGAAAUUGCGUCGUUUCGGGAUUCUGAAACUCGGAACAAUCUUCGAGGAAUUCUCGAGUCAUGCUCAAAAGUGGUUGCGGCUGGAGAUUUUCAUCAGUCUGAAGACACGGUUUCAGAGCUUGUCAAGUUUCUUGGUUCUGUGUAUGAUGCUGCCGUGUCUGACCCAGAUAGCGAACAUGCUGAGAAUGAAGCAUUUGAAGCUAUCUCUGAGAUCCAUAGAUAUAUUUGUUCUCCUUCCCUUGACCAGGAAGUUGUUGAUGCCCUUUCCUUUGAACUGCCAAAGGCUGUUUCAAAGUUUGUGGGGCUUUCAAGUAGAUUUUUGGACAUGGCAAUUAGGAUCAUCGAUCAGUUUAUAGUGAAAUGUGGUCCAAGGGAUAUGCUCUCAAUUCUCUGCAAUACAUUAGGCUACUCAAGUACGAUCAACAAGGCCGCCAGUUACAUUGUCGCACCUUUAACAGGGAUUUCAAAGGUCUUUAUUUCCAUUCAGAGGCAUCAAUUUGAGCAAGUAAAAGAAGCUAUUCCUAUAAUUCUUAAUGUACUGAAAGCCGUGUCUUUGGAGUCAGAAGAAGAAGAACUUGAAGAUGUAUUUGACAGAGCUGUUGGGAUUGCAAAUUCUAUAAAUCAAGUUUGCAGUAAAUUGGAGGGGGAUGCAAAGGAGAAGCUCCAAACUCUUCUUGGUCUUUACGUCCUUCAAUGCAUGGCUCUCAUUUCAGCUAGUUUAGGUUCUAAAGCUUCCAGUUGUCAUUCGUUUGUAUUACAACUGUCGCAAAUUUCUUCAUACUGUGGUUUAUCAUAUCUCAGUCUAGUAACAACUUAUGAAGUUGAGACUGUGGCGGGCUCCAUUUUUGGAGAAGAUAAAGAUCACUAUAUGGGUUUCUUAUCUCAUGUCAAACAUGGUGCUGCUCUUUCAGUAAUUUGGGGACUUGUCUCAGAGGAGGUUGCUCAUACUGCUAAAGAGAAUUUGGCUGCCAUCAAGGAUGAACUUUGUAAUAACCAAACGAAAAGGUGGCAAGCAAUAGCAACAUUAAAGCUAGUACUUUCGUUUGUAAAUCUACCAUGGGAGUUAAAGAAACAUGCUAUCGACUUCUUGCUUUGCAUCACAGACGAUGGAAGUGUCUCUAGAAACUGCAAUGAGGAACAUUCUGAAUGGUCAUCUUAUAUGCCAAGCCUUUUCUCGGCUUUGCAGGUUGUGUUUACUUCAAUUGUGACUUCAGUUUGUUUAUUGUUGUUCAAUCUUUUACUUUCUCUUAUGGUUACAUUAAACUUUCAGGCUGUAAAAAUGGUUAUCAUGCAUGCCCCAGAGCCAGAACUUAGAAAAAAAUCCUAUUCUGUGCUAAAAGGAAUACUGGCCGAUGUUCCAAUUUCUCAAAGAUUAGACAUUUUGAAAGCAUUGAUUACAAACACCGACUCUUCCUCAAUGAUAGCCAUUUUCAUGGAUCUUAUCCGGAAGGAAAUGUACACAGCAAUUCGCGGUAGUAGAUCAAUAGUAAAAGAUGCCCCACUGAUAAAAAACAGAGCAUUUCCAGAUGCUCCAUUUUGGAAUCCCGGGGUCAUCGAGUUGGUGGAGUUGGUUCUAAGACCUCCUCAGGGUGGACCUCCUUCCCUGCCUGAGCAGAGUGAUGCGGUGUUGUCAGCCCUCAACCUAUACAGAUUUGUAUUGAUGACAGAAUCUGCAGAAAAGACAAACUGCACUGGAGUGCUGUCAAGGAACAGUUUACUGAAGGCCUACAAUGAAUGGCUGCUUCCUUUGCGUAGCCUGGUGACAGGUAUAAUGGCAGAGAGCAAGAGUGACUAUGAUGAGUUUGCUGUUGACACUGUAUGCACAUUAAAUCCACUUGAGUUGGUGUUGUACCGGUGCAUUGAACUUGUAGAAGAGAGGCUAAAGCAAUCCACUUAA